AUGUCCGGAUUCGCAAUCAGCGGUGUCUACCCAGAGUUCAAGGGAGAAACACCUUACAUGCCCGAGGACUUCGCAGACCAAUAUCCCAACGAUCCCGAGAAGCAGAGACAAGCAGCCGACCGCAAGAAUGAAGCCAUGACUCAAGAAAAGCAGAAAAAGUCAAGUUCGUCAUUUGCACAGACUGCGAAAGGAUUGUUUAAGAGGAAGAGUCAAGGUGGGGGUGAGGAUGUUGAAGUUGUGACUGAGCAGAUGAAGUAA